ACAGGGGAGACUGAGGGGUCACGUCUCUGCACAACUUGUGCCCUGCACGCGGAUUGUAUAUGUGACAUCUUCCCAGAUGUUGGAACAUCAGGACGCACAGCCCGUCGUUUACGCACCGGCCCUUUCUGUCCUGUUUCGUUGUGCACAGUCAGUGUGAAGUUUCCCUUUAUGGAUAGAAAACGGAAAAGUUUGAACUCCUGCCGGGGAUGGAUAUUUGCUCCCACGUUUGUGCGUCUCCAAAUUAAAACCCGAUGUAUCACCGGCAAAUGAGGGACAUUUCAGACUCAUCGUGCCAUUUGAUCUGACCGGAUGGCACGGGCGAGGAGACGCUGACCAGGACAAAGGGCACCUCAAGAGCCAGAAAUCUCAGAGGGUGAAAUUGAACAUGACAAGAAGCGACUAAAAAGUCAUGGAGCGCUCCGGUCUCGUCGCCACAACUCAGCUGGUGAACGCCACCAACGACAGUUUUAACGCGGCGCCGUCCGCCGUGGAUGGGAGCGCGCAGGGUCUCGCCUCCCAGAUCAGCCUGGCGGCGAUUCUGUCUGCCAUCACGCUGGCCACCACGUUGUCCAACGCGUUUGUCAUCGCCACAAUCUCGCAGUCGAAGAAACUGCAGACCCCCGCCAACUUUCUGAUCGCCUCGCUGGCCGUCACCGACCUCCUCGUCUCCAUCCUGGUGAUGCCCAUCUGCGUCCUGUACACGGUCAUCCACACCUGGACGCUGGGGCAAGUCGUGUGCGACAUCUGGCUCUCGUCGGACAUAACGUGUUGCACGGCCUCCAUCCUGCACCUGUGCGUAAUCGCUUUGGAUAGGUACUGGGCCAUCACGGACGCGGUGGACUACUCCAAGAAGCGCACACCGGGACGCGCCGCCGGGAUGGUGGCCACAGCCUGGGUCAUCGCCAUCUCCAUCUCCCUGCCGCCGCUCUUCUGGAGGCAGGUGAAGGCGGAGGAGCUGACGAGCUGCGGCGUCAACACGGAUCAUAUUUUCUACACCAUCUACUCCACCUUUGGCGCUUUUUACAUCCCCACCUUGCUGCUCAUUGCCCUCUACGGACGGAUUUACGUGGAGGCUCGCAAGCGGAUCCUGAAGCAGUCCCCCAAGAAGGUGGGCAAGAGGCUCACCUCCGCGCACCUGGCCGCCAACUCGCCCGGCUCCAUGGCGUCCACGUCUUCCAAGUGCGGGAGACAAGACGCCGCCUUCAGCGACAGCGGCUCGUCGGCGAGCGACAACCAGGUGAAGGUGACGCUGUCGGACGCGCUGUUGGAGAAAAAGCGGAUUUCAGCAGCCAGAGAGAGAAAAGCCACCAAGACGCUGGGCAUAAUCCUCGGCGCUUACAUCGUCUGCUGGCUGCCGUUCUUCAUUUACACACUGGUGGUGGCCACGUGCGACACCUGUUUCAACCCCGAGCUGUUUGACUUUUUCACCUGGUUGGGGUACCUGAACUCCCUCAUCAACCCGAUCAUAUACACCAUGUCCAAUGAGGACUUCAAGAAAGCGUUCCAAAAACUCGUGCGCUUCAGGUGCUGCAGACGGUGAACGACCCGGUUGCUCCCUCAGCUGCCAAUAGCCUAACGUGUAUCGAUGCAUCUAUUUUUGUACAUACAGUUCUAAAACAUGUCUGAGAAGAUUGGAUAGUAUGAGAAGACAAUAUUUUUUAGACUAUUAUAUAAACCGUGCAUGCAAUGGAACGACCACCCGUUGUCAGCCAUCUUUAUCCAUUGUGGAGAUUUGAAGUGUUUGGUACGUUCAACAAAAACAGAAGAUAUGGACUGAAAUUGUUUCAUAUACUUCCCGUGUAUUCACUUUCAAGGCUUCAAAACAUUGAGCAAUAUUUUGUCCAGCAGUGAUGUGAAAUUUACUUAUGCCUCCGAUGAGCCAAAGUCUUAGAAAAAACUUGCUUGAGUGAAAAAUCAAUAUUGAACAAAAAGCUGGAAAAAAAAAAUGACUUGUGAGAAUGGACAUUUUUGCAUUUGGAUGGUACGGCAGCACACACAAGAUUCCCAUGCCACAAAUGUGAGUUAACAGAGACCAUAAACCCUCUGGCAUGGUUUAAAAUAUAGAAGAAGAAAAAAGGACUGAAAGUCCCAGGAUCCGUCGUCAUCGUGUACAAAUAUGGUAAAAUUGUUGUUUCAUUCUUUAAAAGUCAUAGAGCAUUAAUAUAUCUAUAUGCUUUGAGAGAAAAAAAAAGCAAUACAGUAUAGUGAGGGAUGGCUUUUCUCUUGCCCUGUGUGGUUAUCUACUGUAGUUUAUGUAGAGAGGGACACUCGCGCAGCUGAAAAAAGAGUCAGCUGCAUUGUUGUACCAGGCGCUAAGAAAAGAUUCAUACAAUACCAGAGUCAAACAAAGAAACUGUAGCUGAUAUUUGCCCAGCAGAGCUGAACACCGAUGAUAAGUUCAAUUUUACUGAACAAACAUCACCUUGUUUUACUGUGUGUGUGCGUGUGUGCGUGCGUGUGUGCUCCCACAUCAACUGUGUAUCUACAGUAUAAGUUACGUUGCCGUGUGAGAUGGUUUGCCACCUCAUGGCUACAUCUGCUGCUUCCAAUGACUGACCGUGGCCUCCAGAGCGA